GCGGGCUCCCCUCCCAAUCCAAAACCGCCUCCCCCCCGCCAAAUCCAAAUCCCCAUCCCUGCUCUCCGGCACGGCAGAUCUGAGAGCGAACUGAAUUGAAUCGGAGGAGGAGGAGAGCAAGACACACAGCCAUCGAGGGCGAGGGCGAGAGCGAGAGCAACGCCACGGCCACGGGCAUGGCGCCGCCCACUCCCUCCACCUCUGCUGCUCCCAACACUACCAGCAAGAAGAAGGUCACCCCCGUGCAGGUCGCCUUCCUCGUCGAGCGCUACCUCGCCGACAACGGCUUCCACGCCGCCCUCGCCGCCUUUCGCUCCGACGCCGCCCACCUCUUCAAGCCCCACCACCACAAGCCCGCCCCCAAGGGCCUCCUCCCCCUUGCCGACAUCCUCCACGACUACAUCGCCCUCAAGGAGGCACGCAUCGCCAUCGACUCCGCAAUGCACGCAAUGCACAGCCUCGUCUCCACCUACUACUCUUCCUCUUCCCCUUAUCCUCCUCCUACACCUCCUAUGCUUGUGCCUCUGCCUGCCGGCCCCGGUGGCGCUCAGCCCUCCUCGCCCCCGCUCGUCCCGCCGCUCUUCGUCGCUGCACCUGCCGCCUCAUCUUCUCCUCCUUCUCAAGGCACUGCUGGAUAUGCUUCACCCGUCGUACAUCACUAUGCUCAUACAUCAACUGCAGUUGUUGUCCAUAACUCAUCAGAUAUGUGCACCCCAGCUGCCACCUCUUUGCCCACUAAAAAAAGGAAGGCUACAAAGUCUGCAGGAAAGACCACUUCAUCCUCCAAGAAAUCCUGCACUGCACCCGCUACAAGCUCGCAUACAAAAGGUAAAGCUGUAGCUGUAAACUCUCAACCGCCGAUUGAUAACCUAGAGCAGAACGCUGCUCAACCAAGUUCAGCUGAACAUUCAGUUAUGGCAAAAAUUCCUAUCCACACUUCAUCUGUUGCAAAAAGCUUAUUCAGGCCACUCCAAUCUCAAGUCCAUUCGUCUUCCUGCACACCACAACAAUGUCAUCCUGUAGAAGAACAACCCGCUGCUUAUCAAACAGAAAGGACAUCAUCAUAUAUGGUUGCAAAUGCUCAUUCCCAAGUCCAACAGGACAUUGCUUCCUCCCAAUGCUCUAUAAUUUCAUCCAAGACUCUUAUUGUCAGUCCUCUCAAAGGGGGCGCCUAUUAUGCUGUUGAGAGGAGUUACCAUGUCAGCUCCCCUUUGAAAUCAACCACUCACAAGUCAUCGAAAAGGGAACAUGUCAAAGGCAAGUUGAAUUUUGACAGUACUGAUGCAGGGCAAGGUUCAAAUGAGCAGAUUUGUGAGAAGGCCUCUACCUCCUCUGAUGGAGACAAACAAGACGACUUUGAAAUUGAUUUUACCAAUCUCGAUAUAUUUGAUGGCGAUUUUUCGGUUUCUGAGCUUCUGCUUGACUUCGAUCUUGACACUGAAGGUGUUAAUUGUCAGAAUCCUCCCACAAGUGCUGAAGUUCAAAGACUAGAGCCUGUUGCAAAGUGUGGUUAUGUGACAGCAGAUCCAGUUUUACCGGAUUCAAUGAAGCCAGGGGCAGCAGAUCCAACUGAAGAAAUCAAUUCACAAGGAGCUACAUCUGUUACUUCUGUCAGGGCUAUGACUAAGAGGAUAAAGAUUGUUAGCCCUGUGAAGGGCCGCACAGCUUCUCAGAGCAGCAGAUAGAAUUGCACAUCACCAAAUCAAACAUGACAGUAUGUAGCCGCACGACUGACAUUAUCGAGAUGGCCUGAUAAUUCAUGACAGUAUGUUGUAAUGACCAGUUGUACUGCACUGAGGGCAUUGCGUAUGCACUGCUUUUAGCAUGCUUGUAGUAUUAUGUUUUUUUAUCUGUUAGCAUUUUAUUUUCAUGUAAAUGCUAACG